ACCAUCGUCACCGUAAUAACAUAACGGCUUCUUAUCCUCUCCCUCGCUUCCCAUGGCCGCUGCUCUCAUCUCCGCCUUCUCCUUAUCUCCGCUAAACCCUAGCAAAACCCUAAGCACCUCUCUCCAAGAACUCCCCCUCCGCAGCCCUCGCCUCUUCUUUAAGCACAGAAACCUCCCAUCUUUAAUGCCUCUUCUCCUCUCCAAUGGCAACGGCUUCUUGAAGAGAGUCGAAUCGGUUUCAAGCAAUCAUCUCUCCACGGCUCCAAUUGGGACAAGAAACUAUGAGUUUUUAGAUAGUAUUUCGGAGGUGGAACUGAGGCUAGAUAUUGGAGCUUUAGAUAUUCAGAGUUCAAGUGAUAUUUUUGUGGAUGUAGACGAGACUUCAUUAUUAAUAAGAGUUAAAGCUUCUGGGUCUCUUAUAAAUCUAAUGGAAACUAAUCGUCUGUUUGACAAGAUAAAGCCUUCUGAAACUGUAUGGUACAUAGAUGAGGAUCAGCUGGUAGUCAAUCUGAAAAAGUAUGACACAGAAUUGAAAUGGCCUGAUAUCAAGGAAUCUUGGGACUCCCUUACGUCAGGAAUUCUGCAAUUACUGAAAGGAACUUCCAUCUAUAUCAUUGGAGAUUCCACAGAGAUAAAUCAGGAAGUUGCUAAAGAACUUGCUAUGGGUAUUGGAUAUACUCCACUUUAUACAAGUGAGUUGCUGGAGAGAUAUGCUAAAAAAUCCAUUGAUUCAUGGGUCGUUUCAGAAGGAGCAGAUUCUGUUGCUGAAGCGGAAGGUGCUGUAUUAGAUGGGCUUAGUAGUCAUGUCCGUGCUGUGGUUGCAACAUUGGGAGGGCUGCAUGGAGCUGCUAGGAGACCUGAUAAGUGGCGGCAUCUUUAUGCUGGAUUCACCGUAUGGUUGUCCAAAUCUGAAGCUCCAG